AUGCACGUUCUCCUCACCAACGAUGAUGGUCCGCCAAGCGACGCCACGUGCCCGUUCAUGAAACCGUUUGUCGACGAGAUCCGCCGCUCCACCAAUUGGAAAGUUUCGGUUGUCGUGCCAAACCAGCAGCGGUCUUGGAUCGGCAAGGCCCACUUUGCCGGCAAGAAGGUUGCCGCCAACUACAUCUACACACGUGACAGUGGUCUGGACCCGUCCAACUCGUACGAAGGGCCCUUUCCUGAAAGGAAAGAAUACGGCCCGGAAUAUCAGGAGUGGGUACUUUUGGACAGCACUCCGGCCGCCUGCGCCGACAUUGGCCUUCACCACGUGCGCAGCCACCUGGAGCCGGUGGACUUGGUGGUGAGCGGGCCCAACUUCGGCAAAAAUCUGGGCCGUUUGUACAUUUUGGCCCUGGGAACGGUGGGUGCGGCCAUGGAAGCCGUGACGCACGGAACAAAGGCGGUGGCGCUUUCAUACGAGUUCCGGAGUGCGUCCCACGACCCAGAAACGGUUCGGGAGGCGUGCCGGGUUUCCGUUCGGCUCGUGGCUCGCUUGUACCGGGAAUUCCAGAAACAGCCAGACGUGGACCUUUUCCUGGUCAAUGUGCCGCUUGUGCCGCUGCUCCUGCUUGCCAAGACGCCCGUCAAGUAUGCGCCAGUGCUUUGCAAUGCGUGGGAGUCCAUGUACUCCGAGGAAAACGGCCGCUAUGCCUGGACGCCUGAUUUCGAGCAGGUUUGGCGAGACGGCCUCGCAGACAAACGCCACUCCGACAGCCGUGUUUUGGCCGACGACGGCAUCAGCGUGACGCCGUUGCGGGCGGAGUUUGUGCUGGGCCCGAUCGGCGAGAAGAAAAUCGAAAACUUGGAGGCGGAGAGUUUGGACGUCGACACAGAGGAGAUGGAGACGCAAACGUCGAGCGAAGCAAAGACGGGUGCCUCUGAAGCAUCUGAAGCAUCUGAAGCACCUGAAUCAGUUUCCGAGUUGUCUGCUGAAAGAGCCCGCACGGAAGCAGAGGGACAAAAACAAGUCCAGACGGAAUCGAACAUUUUCCUCAUCACCGUCGAUCCCUCGUCGUAUGUUUUCCUUCCUCUCGUUGUCGCCUUUGCUCGCCGUGGCUUUUCUGUUGAGACUUCCUUCUCGGUUCUUCAAAAUAUCCCCUCUAACCCACACCUUCGCAUCUUCCAUUAUGGCGAGUACGAGCAAAUCGACUUGGACUUGGUGCAAUCGCACCCGACGCAGUAUUUCGUGCCGCUGUUCAUCUACCGCAAAGCCUUGAUCCGCAAGCAUUAUUUGGCCAAUACCGUUCGCCACUACGCCGCCAAAAACCCGGAUUCCGCUCUCGCCGCGGCUUUUCCCCAGUCAUACCUGUUGGAGGUGGAUUACGCCGAGUUUCUCGACGACGCGCUAGACGAGGCCUAUGAACUCCGCCAGGAGAUCGAAGAAGGCGGGAAAACAUGGAUUCUCAAGCCGUCCAUGAGCGACAAGGGCCAGGGAAUCCGUCUUUUUGAGACUGUGGACCAGCUCCAGGCCAUUUUUGACUCUUUUGAGGAAGCAGAGAGCGACGACGAAGACGAUCAAGACGCAGACAACGGAAAGGACAGUGAUGACAACGGUGUCAUUAUUUCCCAGCUCCGUCAUUUUGUGGUGCAGGAGUACCAAAGAGAGCCAUUGCUUUUGGAAGAAUACUCUCGCCGGAAAUUCCAUUUGCGGGUCUACAUCGUGUGCCAGGGCAAUCUCAAAGUGUACGUCUACGAGAAUAUCUUGGCGUUGUUUGCAGACGCUUCGUACGUGGCUCCAGACUCCAAUGAUGAAAUCAUGGACUUAGCGGGCCAUUUGACUAAUACGUGUCUUCAGGAAGGGAAGGACCCGCUAGUGGUGCCUUUUUGGCAGUUGAAGGGACUUGACGAUAAGCAGAAAGAGUCUGUGUUUGCGCAAGUUAAGCAGAUCUCGGGCCAGUUGUUCCAGGCCGCAGCGUCAGUCGACAGAAUCAACUUCCAGCCCAUGGAAAAUGCCAUUGAGAUUUUCGGCGUCGACUUCUUGGUCAACCAAGACCUUUCCGUCAAGCUCUUGGAGGUGAACUCGUACCCCGACUUCAAACAAACAGGUGACUCAUUGAAAGAGCUCAUUUCUACACUUUUCGAUGCGGUGGCCUCGGGUCCUGUUUCUGAGUUGGUUGGCGCUGAAGUUUCGCCAACUGAUGUGCUUCAUUCGGUUUUCAGCACCUGA